GCAGCCGCCGCCGCUGCCUUCUGGUUGAAGCACUAUGGAGGGAGAGAGGAAGAACAACAAUAAACGGUGGUAUUUUACUCGAGAACAACUGGAAAAUAGCCCGUCUCGUCGUUUUGGCUUAGAUCCAGAUAAAGAACUUUCUAAUCGCCAGCAGGCGGCCAAUCUGCUCCAGGACAUGGGCCAACGUCUUAACGUCUCACAAUUGACGAUCAACACUGCUAUAGUGUACAUGCAUCGAUUCUACAUGAUUCAGUCCUUUACACAGUUCCAUCGAAAUUCUGUGGCUCCAGCAGCCUUAUUUUUAGCAGCCAAAGUAGAGGAGCAGCCAAAAAAAUUGGAGCACGUCAUCAAGGUAGCACACACUUGUCUCCAUCCACAGGAAUCACUUCCUGAUACCAGGAGUGAGGCUUACCUGCAGCAAGUUCAAGAUCUGGUGAUACUAGAAAGCAUAAUUCUGCAGACUUUAGGCUUUGAAUUAACAAUUGAUCACCCACAUACACAUGUGGUAAAGUGCACUCAGCUUGUUCGAGCAAGCAAGGACUUAGCACAAACUUCUUACUUCAUGGCAACCAACAGCCUGCAUUUGACCACAUUUAGCCUGCAGUACACACCUCCUGUGGUGGCCUGUGUCUGCAUUCAUCUGGCUUGCAAGUGGUCCAACUGGGAGAUCCCAGUCUCAACUGAUGGGAAGCACUGGUGGGAGUAUGUUGACGCCACUGUGACCUUGGAACUUUUAGAUGAACUGACACAUGAAUUUCUACAGAUUCUGGAGAAAACCCCUAACAGGCUCAAACGAAUUUGGAAUUGGAGGGCAUGGCAGGCUGACAGGAAAACAAAAGCAGAUGACCGAGGAGCAGAUGAAAACUCUUCGGAGCAGACAAUCCUUAAUAUGAUUUCCCAGAGCUCUUCAGAUACAACUAUUGCAGGUUUAAUGAGCAUGUCAGCUUCUUCUACCACAAGUGCAGUGCCUUCCCUUCCAGCCAGUGAAGACUCAAAGAGCAACUUAAGCAAUGUGGAGAUGUUGUCAAGUGAGCGCUGGCUGUCCUCCCACCCUCCUUUCAAGGUAGAACCUGCUCAGGGUUAUCGUAAGAGCGAGAAUUUAGCACUUGGAGCUGAUCAUUCCUUACAACAGGAUGGUUCAAAUGCGUUUGUUUCCCAGAAACAGAAUAGUAAAAGUGUGCCGUCAGCUAAAGUAUCACUGAAAGAAUACCGUGCAAAGCAUGCAGAAGAGUUGGCUGCCCAGAAGAGGCAACUGGAGAACAUGGAGGCCAAUGUGAAGUCACAGUAUGCAUAUGCUGCCCAGAAUCUCCUGUCUCACCAUGACAGCCAUUCUUCGGUCAUUCUGAAAAUGCCCAUAGAGGGCUCAGAAAACCCUGAGCGGCCUUUUCUGGAAAAAACUGACAAAACAGCUCUCAAAAUGAGAAUCCCAAUGACAGGUGGAGAUAAAGCUGCCUCUACAAAACCAGAGGAGAUAAAAAUGCGCAUUAAAGUUCACACUGCAGCUGACAAGCACAAUUCUGUAGAUGACAGUGUCACAAAGAACCGAGAGCACAAAGAAAAGCACAAAACUCACCCAUCUAAUCAUCAUCAUCAUCAUAAUCACCACUCACACAAACACUCUCACUCACAGCUUCCAGCUGGUACUGGGAACAAACGUCUGGGUGAUCCAAAACAUAGUAGCCAGACAAGCACCUUAGCACACAAACCCUAUAGCUUGUCUAGCUCUUUCUCCUCUUCCAGUUCUUCUCGUAAAAGGCCCCUCCCUGAAGAGACUGGAGGGGCGAUGUAUGAUCAUUCAACGAAGACUGCCAAGAGUGCUAAAUCCUCUUCCAUAAAUUUCUCCUUCCCACCUCUUCCUACAAUGGCCCAGUUGCCUGGGCAUAGCUCAGACACAAGUGGCCUUCAUUUUUCACAGCCCAGCUGUAAAACCCGAGUUCCUCACAUGAAAUUGGAUAAAAGCUCCACUGGGGCCAAUAGUCACAAUACACCCCAGACCACAGACUAUCAAGAUACUGUGAAUAUGCUUAACUCCCUUCUCAAUGCCCAGGGUGUUCAGCCCACUCAGCCCCCGGCGUUUGAAUAUGUUCAUUCUUACGGAGAAUAUAUGAAUCCACGGGCUGGUGGCAUGUCCUCCAGAUCUGGCAACACAGACAAACCCCGGCCACCACCUCUACCAUCAGAACCUCCUCCACCACUUCCACCCCUUCCCAAGUAAAAAAGAAGAGAAAAAAGCUUCUUUAAAAACACAUUUGUUUUUAAACUACUGAUUCUGGACUAAGAAAAUUACUUCUCAUAUGAAAUAUGUCACCCUUCUUGGACUAGGAAAUAAAUUAAUAUUGAGACAUAGGUGGGAGGAUGGUUGAGGGCCUUGGUUGUUAAUAUCUCCUGCCUCAGAAAUUUAACUAUUUUAUUAUAGUUUUUACUGGUAUUGGAGAGGUGAGAAUGUGUUAAAGCUGUGAAUGAUUCAGAAUACUUUCUCUCUUCUUGGCCUCUCCACCUCCUAAUUAGGUUGAUUAGAGUUGAUAUCUUCCCUCUUCUUGCCAGGACUGAAAUAUGGAGGGUUUGUUUUAUCAAACAGU